CUGAUGAAUGGAAAAAUGUGACCGGGAAGGAAAAAAUGCCGCUAUUUCCAUUCAAAAGAUAGGAUUUUUUUGAAUUUUUUUUCUUAAAACAAAAAUGUCAACAAUCGUUGAAGCAUUAAAACAAACCAAAAAAGGUCAAUUAAAAUAUGAUUGUAAUUGGAAAGAAGAAGGACGUACCGAGGAAAUUGUCAAUUCGGUUAAACAAAAUUUAGCCACAUUAAAUCUAUCACCAUCAACAAAAAUUCAAUUAGCAUUAUCGAAUAAAUCGCAACUAUCAUCAUUGCCAACAAUCAACUCUAAUAAGAAUGGUAUUGAUAAUAAUCAUCAUCAUGAAAAACUUAUCGAUUCACUUGAUCAUUUGAUCAUUGAUGAUAAUGUAGAUGAUGAAAGAUCUAAUGAUCCAAAUUUUUCAAUAACCGAUAUUGAGUUGAAAAAUUAUGAAAAACAAAAAAAAAUUGAAGUCAUUCAACGAUUAGAACAACAACAACGUAAAUGGAAUGAAAAAAAUGAAUCAAUAAUGAAAAAAUAUGAAGAUCAAAUUCGUAUGAUACAGAAAAAAUAUCUACUUGAAUCGAUGAGAUUUCAGAAAAAAUAUGAUGAAGAAAUUCAACAAUUACAAGAAGAAUUGGACAAUUCAAUAAGGCCACAAUCGAUAUCAUCAGUAUCAACGAAUGAUGAUAUUAAUAAUGAAAAUAAAAAACGUAAUCUAAAAUUAAAAGAAAUUGAAGAAAAACAUAGAAUAUUAUUGAAAGAAAAACAACUUAAACAAAAUGAACUGCGAAUGCAGAUAAAUGUUUCAAAGGAAAAAAUUAAUAAUUCUAUUCGAAUGUUUGAUGAUUGUUUGAAAGAAUUUCCAAACGAUGAUGAUCUAAAUCAUCAAAGAAAUAUUGCCAAAUUAUUAGAACAAGAUAUUGAAGUAUUACUUUUAUCAAGAAAUGAAUACAGCGAUGAAGAUAGGAUAUUAUGUGAAAAUAAAUUGAAAGAAUUUUUAAAAAUUAAUGAAAAAUUUUUCAAUCGUUUCAAGGAAUUGAAAAAACACACACCUGUAUCCAUUGAAUCAAAUAAUGAAAUGAUCGUGCAACCCGUAAUCAAUAAUAAUACUGAUAAUGUUCAAGAAAAUAUUGUAAAAAAUAAAUUUCAAUCAUCCCAUAAUAUUUACAUUGAAUAUCAAUCAAAAUUGCUAAAAUUUGAAAAUCUUUGUCAACAAUUUCAGGAUAAUGAAUUGAAAAAACCAUUACGUACAGCAUUACAGCUGUAUGUUCGUAGUAUAAUCAAUACUAUAAGUAAUAUAUCGGUUGAACAUUUACGUGAAAAAGUAUCCAGAUUAUUGAAUUUGUUUGGACAAAAAUAUUUUGAACAUAGAGGGAAAAAAAUUCAUAUUAGUGAUACUGAUUAUUCAUAUCAUUUUGCCAUUAAUACGGCCGUAAGAAUUAUAUUGACAGUAGCAAGUAAACAACAAAAUAUAUCAUUAAAAUUAGCACCAGUUAUUAUAAUAUUAUGGGCAAAUGUUCCAAUGUUUGGUGAUAUAUUUCUUUCACAUUUAUAUCUACAUUGUCCAUAUGUAAUACCAUAUUUUCCCACUCGGACAAUGAAUCAAAAUGAAAUUGAAUACACUGUUGUUUGUGGUUAUCAAUUGGAUAAAAAUGGUCAAUUAGAAAAGGAAGAAACAUUUCAAUCAAGAAUGUUUUCAUUAAUGGAACUGUAUUCAUCCAUUAUACAAUGUAAUAUGCCCAUGGAAGAACAUCCACAUAAUAUACAAUAUGGUUGGAAAUGGUUGGCAAUGAUAUUGAAUGAUCAACCAUAUGAUCAAUUAACAGCAUUAUUAUUGGAUGCAUUUCUUUCAAUGUCUGGUCAUAAAAUGUUAUCCAUUUAUGGUCGUCAAUUUUUAAAAUUAUUUCAUUUUAUACAAACAAAUUUUAUACGAAAAAUUGAAACGAUUACAUCAAAAGAAUCAAGACAAACUUUGAUGAAAUUUAAAUCAUUAUUAGAAAAUAUGGAUGAAAAAUUAUCGCAAUUAAACAAUAACAUGGGAAAUGUUGAACGUAUAGCAAAAGAAUUAUCACCAAAUGGUCUGGUACCGAAUUAUUUUUUUACAAAAUCUUAUAUUUUUAUGUCUAAACGAUGA